AUGUCUGGAUCUAUUCUCGCUGUAGUUCUCCGCGAGGUGGAAAAGAUACACAAUGACAUAUCUCGUUGGGCAGAUGCUAUUGAGUCAAAUAACCCAUCAUCUGCAAACAACAUUGUCUCUGUCUUGGAAGCCUAUAAUGAAAUUGGAUCCAAAUUGGAUCCGAAAUUAUUAUGCCAGGACGCUUCUAUGAUUUACCCGCUGAAUCGGCGGGGUUGCUAG